CUUCAAGUUUUGGCUGAGCAGCAUCUCGCUCGUUGGGCACAGUUCACCCAGACUCAACAAUAUUUGACCAACUGGCUGACGGAGGCGGAGUCUGCCGAGUUGGUCUGUCUUUCGGGUUGUGAUAGGCCGGUUCGUCUCCACGCGCCCAAUGCCCCUACCGCCACAACCUCACUUCCCAGCUCUUCCAACGUCACAACCAACGAUGCAGACGAAGUGGGCUUUGGUCUGAGCCGUCUGAACAAGGGAGCUGGUAUCAUCACCCCUCCUGCCUCCACAUCAUGGGGCCUCAGAGAUGAGGAGACAGGGCGGACCAUCGGUAGCACGCCUCUAGGGCCCCAGGCUCCCGACCACGAGUGGACAGCCUGCCUGGCCCGGUGCAGAGUGAGUGCAAUCCUCUAUCGAUGCGGUCGAGCUAGUCGAUUCCACUCGGUUGCUCGAGUCUGUCAUCACACAUACGAAGUGUAG